AUGUCGAGGUUUGCACUCAUUUUCGCUGAGCUUUACACGUCGCGAGGGCAGGCUUACGUGCGAGGAGAGGUUGGAAUUGUGGAGAGAAGCAAAUUUGAGAAGAAGAGUGGACGAGCAAAGCAGCUGGAAGUAAUUGAGAGGUCUAUGGGUAAAAACGACGUGUGUGUGGUACAGAGAAUGUUUGUGAAGAAGAAAAGAAAGAGCCUGGGCCAGCAGGAAUUUAUUGAAAAUCGAGGCGCUGGUGAUAGUUUCUGUGGAGACACCUCCACGAAAAAGCAUGACAAAAUCAUCGAGGUGGUUAACAGUGAGAGUGUAUAUGCCAGAAAAGAGGGUUCGAUGGCAUAUAAAGCCGUGAAGAAUGAGUCAGAGGCAGAUUAA